AUGGCUUUAUAUUAUAACUUGGUGUUCGGCUUGCUCGUAAUUGAGAUGAGCUUCUUCACGGUGCUCUCCUUACCAUACCCUAGAAAGGUAAGAAAGAGCGUGUUGUCAACGGUGUCAGCUCCGUUCCGAAAUGAACAAUUUCAAGUUGCUAUAAAAUGUAUUCUUGGGUUCGUUUUGGUGUUGUUUAUCGAUUCAGUAAACAAGGUGUGGACGGUUACCACUGAAUUGCACGCAACCUCGCCUGGUGGCCACACCGGUUCUGUUACUGGAGUAAUUAAUGAUCGUUCCGACGUCCAAGCUAGACGGUUUUACGCCCAAAGAAACAUGUAUCUUUGUGGCUUCACGUUGUUCUUGACUCUUAUUUUGACAAGAACCUACUCUUUGGUGACCGAGUUAAUUGACACCAAGGACAAAUUAGACGGUGCCAAAACCAAUGGAGCUAGUUCGCCAGAACUUGAAAAACUCAAGAAAGAAUUGAAACAGAAGGACGAAGACUUGGAGAUUUUGAAGGACCAGGCUACUUCAUUGUCCAAGGACUACGAUACUGGUUCUGUUGCGCAAAGAAAAGCAUGA